CUACAAUUCCCAGAGUCCCUAGCUCUAAAGCCAUAGCCUUCAAGUUUGCCGCAUAGAUUUCUGGGAGUUGAGGUCUGGGCCUAUUUGCCCAAGUUAGGGGCCUGCGGAAACAUGAAGAGGGUAAAUAGCUGUGUGAAGAAUGAAGAGCAUGUCCUGGAGGAGCUGGAAACAGAAGGUGAGAGGCAGCUGAAGAGCCUCCUUCAACAUCAACUUGAUACCUCUGUCUCCAUUGAAGAAUGUGUCUCUAAGAAAGAGAGCUUUGCCCCGGGUACUAUGUACAGGCCCUUUGGGAAGGAAGUGGCUGGGACAAUGACUUUGUCUCAGUUCCAGACACUACAUGAAAAAGAUCAGGAAACUGCUUCUCUCAGGGAACUAGGUCUCAAUGAAACAGAAAUAUUGAUCUGGAAAAGCCAUGUGUCAGGUGAAAAGAAGACAAAGCUGAGGGCAAAUCCUGAAGCAAUACAGAAACGGCUUCAAGAUAUUGAAGAAAGAAUCUCAGAGCUCCAGGGCAUCCUUUGCCUGCCACAGAGGUUUUCAAAGAGCAAACAACUGACCCGACGAGAAAUGGAAAUUGAAAAGUCCUUAUUUCAGGGAACUGAUCGUCACUCCUUCCUUAGGGCUCUUUAUUACCAAGCAUACCACAAAAAGACAAGUGCAGACAAGUACAUGACCUCAAUGAAGAGGAAGAUAAAAUUAGGCACAAAAGAUGAACCCCCAGAGAAGAACAAAGGUGAUCCCAUGAACAACCUGGAAGGUUUUUACCACGAGACUAUAAUGAAAAAGCGUCUUGAAGAGUUCCAACUUAUGAGAGGUGAACCCUUUGCUUCCCACUCACUGGUCUCAGCUACAUCAGUGGGUGAUAGUGGCACAGCUGAGAACCCAUCACUACUCCAGGACAAGGGAAAACAGGCAGCACAGGGUAAAGGCCCCAGUCUCCAUGUGGCAAAAGUUAUUGAUUUUCUACCUGAGCAGUGUUGGACUGGGCCUAAGAAGCUGACGCAACCAAUAGAAUUUAUCCCUGAAGAUGAGAUCCAGAGAAACCGUUUGUCAGAGGAGGAGAUCCGAAACAUCCCUAUGUUUUCUGCAUAUAACCCAGGGGAACCGAACAAGGUGCUAUACUUGAAGAACCUUAGUCCUCGGGUGAAAGAAAGAGACCUUAUCUCAUUAUUCGCUCGGUUCCAGGAGAAAAAAGGACCACCCAUUCAGUUUCAAAUCAUGAGUGGACGCAUGAGGGGACAGGCUUUCAUCACCUUUCCCAAUAAAGACAUAGCAUGGCAAGCAGUUCAUCAAAUAAAUGGAUAUAAACUCCAUGGAAAAAUAUUGGUGAUAGAGUUUGGAAAGAACAAAAACCAACAGUCAGCUGUCCAGGGUGCUUCCCUGAGAACAACUGCUAUAGAUAGCAGUACAGAAAUCAGUGGUAGCUAGAAUCCGUAUUGA